ACAGGAAGUAACAACUUUAUAUGGCUCAUGUCUGACAACAUGCACCACCAGUGGCUGCUGCUAGCUGCAUGCUUUUGGGUGAUAUUCAUGUUCAUGGUUGCUAGCAAGUUUAUCACAUUGACUUUUAAAGACCCAGAUGGCUACGGUGCCAAGCCAGAGCCAUUGACACUGACAGCUGUGACGAAAGUGGACGAGGUACAUGUGCGAGAGGAAAAACGUUGGCCUCAAGAAUUCCAGCCAACUGGAAAAGCUUUUUCUGGAAAUCUGAUCCGCCAACCCCUGGUUCAUAUGGAAAGACUUGAGCUUCUCAGGAAUGUCUGCAGAGACACUGCAUUGAGAAAUCUCUCUCACACUGCAGUUUCCAAAUUCGUCUUGGACCGAAUAUUUGUGUGUGACAAGCACAAGAUCCUGUUUUGUCAGACGCCAAAAGUGGGCAACACUCAGUGGAAAAAAGUCUUGAUCGUUUUAAAUGGAGCAUUUUCUUCCAUAGAAGAGAUCCCAGAAAAUAUUGUACAUGAUCAUGAGAAGAAUGGCCUUCCACGCUUGUCCUCCUUCAGUGACUCUGAAAUUAAAAAACGACUGAAUUUAUACUUCAAGUUUUUUAUUGUUAGAGAUCCAUUUGAAAGACUUAUUUCUGCAUUUAAAGACAAGUUUGUGCACAAUCCUCGUUUUGAACCUUGGUAUCGGCAUGAAAUUGCUCCUGGCAUCAUUCGGAAAUAUAGAAAGAAUCGCACAGAGACCAAAGGGCUGCAGUUCGAGGAUUUUGUGCGUUACCUGGGUGACCCUAAUCACCGAUGGCUGGAUGUUCAGUUUGGUGACCACAUAAUUCAUUGGGUAACAUAUGUGGAACUCUGUGCCCCCUGUGAAAUCACCUAUAGUGUGAUCGGACACCAUGAAACCCUGGAGGAUGAUGCUCCAUAUAUCUUGAAAGCAGCCGGCAUAGACCAUCUGGUAUCAUACCCCACGAUUCCACCAGGCAUCACAGUGUACAACAAAACAAAAGUAGAGCGGUAUUUUUCAGGAAUUAGCAAGAGAGACAUAAGACGCCUCUACAUGCGGUUUGAAGGCGAUUUUAAACUCUUUGGUUAUCGGGAGCCAGAUUUCUUGCUUAACUGACACCUAAGAUAAGCUCUGGAAAAGUGUCUCAUGGAUUAAUCUAAACCUGCGUGAAUACCAGCUGCAACACUGACAGAGCUGAGAAUGCCCAUUUGUUUUCUAGCUUUUUGAUGUUGCUCCAUUUUCCAGUGAAAUAUUUGUCAUAUGAACAAGUAGGGGCUUAAAGAUGUUGUUUACUGACCAUAUUUUCAAUAUGUGACAUUACAGUCUGUUAGGAAUGAAGUCUCUGUUAUCUGAAAUACAGAAUUCCAUUUCUCCCCUCUUCCCUUCAGGAAAAAGGAGGGAGAAUGAAUGGGCUAUGAUCUUCCCCUCCCUCUCCCAGACAGGAUGCCAUUUUUAAAACGUUGUGAAGUUUUCAUGGCAGUUUCACUGUAGGUUAACUCAGACAUGUGGGUGAACUUCAUGAUUCAUGCCCAUGAGAAAGAUAUGUAGUCUCCCAUGAACUUUGAAAAUGAGAGGCCAGUACAGGACUAAAAAUUGAUUAAAUGCUUGACAAGUAAAAUCAUCUAGGCUGCUAUAAUAAUAGUAAUGCUGAUCUAAUCCCAUUUUUGUCACAAAAUGAACCUAAUUAGACAGAAGCUUUAGAUGUGUUUAAAAAGGGACUGGUUCCAGAAUCCAAUUGUCUUUGUACUUGUGUCAAGUGUUUACUUACUACUGAUCUAUUGAGCCUCAUAAUUCUACUUUUGAUUUUCAAAAUAUUAUUUAACUCCUGGCUAUGUAAGUUAUCUGAGAACACUAGAUGCAAAUGGAGCAUAGAAGAAGUAUGAAACUGCUAGGGAAACUUUAAGGAAAUUAAUUUAAAGUAAAAUAUUAAUUGUAUUUGUGAGAACACAUAUAGAAGUCAUGAGAUGCUCUCUAAAUAUCACAGAAUUUAACUUGUUUUGUCUUCUAACAGUUAAGAGUAAUAAAGAAGCCACA